AUGUUUGCUGCACGCAGAGCAUUGUCGGGCGCUGCCCAGAGACGAGCAUUCUCCGCAACUGCCAGAGACUUGUCGAAAGUCACAGUCCUCGGUGCUGCUGGUGGAAUUGGACAACCUCUGUCUCUUCUCUUGAAGCUCAACCCCCGGGUUACAGAUCUCGCUCUUUACGAUAUCCGUCUCGCCCCAGGUGUUGCCGCUGAUAUUAGCCACAUCAACACCAAGAGCAAGGUUACCGGAUAUGACCCAACACCAAGCGGUCUCGCUGCUGCCUUGAAGGGUGCUGAGAUCGUUCUCAUCCCCGCAGGUGUCCCCCGUAAGCCAGGAAUGACCCGUGAUGAUCUUUUCAACACCAACGCCUCGAUUGUCCGUGAUCUCGCAAAGGCCGCUGCCGAGUCUGCCCCAGAUGCCAACAUCUUGGUCAUCUCCAACCCAGUCAACAGCACCGUCCCAAUCGUUGCCGAGAUCUUCAAGGCGAAGGGAGUUUACAACCCAAAGCGUCUGUUCGGUGUUACCACCCUCGAUGUUGUCCGUGCUUCCCGAUUCGUUUCUGAGAUCAAGAAGACCGACCCAGCUGAUGAGGCUAUUACCGUUGUCGGAGGUCACUCCGGUGUUACCAUUGUUCCUCUCUUCUCGCAGUCCAACCACCCAGAUCUUGUCGGUAACGCUGAGCUCCUAAACCGUGUCCAAUUCGGUGGUGACGAGGUUGUCAAGGCCAAGGAUGGUGCUGGAUCUGCAACCCUCUCUAUGGCUAUGGCUGGUGCUCGUUUCGCCGAGAGCUUGUUGAAGGCUGCUCAGGGUGAGAAGGGUGUUGUCGAGCCAACUUUCGUCGACAGCCCAUUGUACAAGGACCAAGGUGUUGAGUUCUUCGCCAGCAAGGUCCUCUUGGGCCCCAGCGGUGUUGAGGAGAUCCAGGAUGUUGGCAAGGUUACUGCUGAGGAGCAGAAGCUUUUGGAUGCCUGCUUGGAGGACUUGAAGAAGAACAUCCAGAAGGGUGUUGCAUUCGUCGAGGCCAACCCAGGAAAGUAA